AGCGAGCGUUAAUUUCUCUCUCUAGUUCUCUCUCUCUCUCUCUCUCUCUUCAAUCUUCGUCUCCGUAUUCCUUGUUCCAGUUUGAAGGAGGAGGCGAUGGAUUGGAAUUUUGGCCCCAGAGAACAAAUUCUAUGGCCUGUUACUAUUUUCUCUGGAAUUAUCAUGUGCAAAAUUGUAUAUGAGAUCACGCACCGCGUUAGUCCCCUGUUCUUUAAGGGCUAUAAUGGACUAAACAAAAUGCAAAAGAUCGAGUGGAAUAACAGGGGUUUCUCUACAUUUCAUGCAUUUGUUGCUGCGGCGAUUUCUUUUUAUCUGACAGUGAUAUCAGACCUUUUCAAGGAAGAUGCUAGCAGUGUCCUAAUCAUAGAUAGAAAAUCUUGGCUAUCUGACGCCAUAUUCGGGAUCUCUCUUGGUUAUUUCCUUUCGGAUUUGGUGAUGAUCCUGUGGCUUUUUCCUUCGUUAGGCGGGAAGGAAUAUGUACUGCAUCAUGGGCUCUCCAUGUAUUCAAUCCUUCUCGCUCUACUGUCCGGCAAAGCGCAUCUCUAUAUUCUUAUGGUUCUCUUUACUGAAGCGACGACUCCCUUUGUAAACCUUAGAUGGUAUUUGGAUGUUGCUGCACGAAAAAGUUCGAAUAUCUACAUAUACAAUGGAGUGGCCUUGUUCUUUGGAUGGCUGGUUGCCCGGAUCCUUCUAUUUGCAUACUUCUUCACUCACAUUUAUCUUCAUUUCGAUCAGGUGAAAACCAUCUUUCCUCUUGGCUUCUAUAGUCUGAUAACGGUGCCUCCGAUGCUGGCUUUGAUGAACUUGUUCUGGUUCUGGAAGAUUUUCAAAGGAAUGGUGAAGACCCUCUCGAAAAAGAGGCGUACACAAUGACGAAAUUUGCGACAUUUCUCUCUUUUUCUUCAUUUUCCUCUUAUAAGAGUAGUAAUAAUUUCGCCACACUAAAAGUUUGUAUUAGUAGCAUGAAUUUUCCUCUUUUAUCUUCUCAUGCAAUGUACAGUUGAUCAGGUGAAUGCAGCAAUGUGAUACCUACUAUUUUCUACA